AGUCACACAAGCAGAAUUGUACUCGCAACGAUGGAUCAGAGCGCUUUCCGUAAUCUCCUGGCAUCCGCGCCCUCCAAGGCUCAUACGACUGGCAGAGCUGCUGGAGUACUCGGGGGUCAGACUUUGAAGAGAGGAUAUGGUGGUGGAGCAGGUAGACCCAAAGACUUUGCGCCUAAGGAGAAGACGGACAAGGGAGAAGCACCGAAACCGGAAUUCGCCCCUAGAAAGGUCAAGAAGGACAGCAAGUACAAGGAUCGGGCCGAAAUGCGACGGCUUGGGGUGGAAGAUGAAUUCAAGCCUAUCGAGCGAAUGCUCGACGAUUUCGAACAGCGGGCGAAAGCUGAAGGUGAGGAUGAAGAUUCUAUCGCUGCCAAACGGGCUUACCUAGGCGGAGAUGCCGACCAUUCGGCCCUGUUCAAGGGUCUCGACUACAGUCUCUUAGAAGUCCGGAAAGCCGAGCUCGCCGCACAAGAGGGCACCAAGUACGACGAAGAGCUGGACAAAGUCCUCGAAAACGCAUUACCGUCUGACGAAGUGAUGUCCGCAGAAGCUGGGCCGGGACCGAGCACGACGGGACAAAAGCGGUCGAGGGAGGAGAUCAUGAGCGCGUUGCAGGAGAGUCGUAAACGUCUGGUCGGUGGGGACGUGCUCGAGGGGGAAAAGAAGAAAAAGAGAUCCAAGGUGGAAGCUCCAUCUGAGGCACCGACUGCAGGGUUAGGGAGCAGGUUCAAGAAGAUCGCUGCGGUCGCUACCGAGACGGACGGGAAGAAGAAGAAAAAGAAGAAGAUAGUCAAGGCCGUUCCCGCACAAUCCGAGGCACAAUGGCCGGCCCCGCCACAGCCUGGGUUGACCAUCAUCUCGGCCAAAGCGGAUAUACCGGAAAGUCCAGCUGUCAUCCUGGAGAGGGAGAAGAGGCUCGAGGCGGAGAGGCUGAGAAGACGAUCACCAUCCCCACCGCCUGCAAGGCCGGCUUGGGCGGAGGAAACCACUGAGGCGCCGGCAGUAGUGGAACAGGAAGCAUCACCUCCUCCCUUGUCUGCUGCUCCCGCACCCGCAGACUUGCCUGAACCAACGCAACCACAAGCUCCUGCUGCCAUCGAUUCGGAUGAAGAGGAUAUAUUUGGCGGAGUGAGCGAUUACGAGAUGGACCUGGGCAGCGACUCGGAGUCGGACGCCGAGAAGACUAAACCUUCAAAAUCCGCAACCGAGUCUAGAGCGCAACUGAGCCUCCCUCCUAAGAAGGGUAAAGGUUGGUUCGGAGACGAGGAUGAGGAGCAAGAGGAGGCGAAACCGAGCGAUUCCAUGUUACCUAAUAUUCUCCGGACCACCAGGCCCGUGGAUGAGAGCGCUCAACGUCUCCCCUCGCGCUCGCCGUCACCGGAAGACGGCACGCUUCGUCCUCUUCAGCCGUUAUCCUCGUCGAAGCUCCCUUCGGCGAAGGAGCUACUGGCCAUGGACAAGGCUGCCGAGGCGGAUGAAAAGCGACGAGAGAAGAAGGCCAAAUGGCGGGCGAAGCAGGGCUUAGCUGCUCAGGAAGGAGUUGGCGGGGACGAUGAUGGCGAUACGCGGGGGGAUAGGGGUAAGACGGACAAGGAAAAGGAGAUCGAGGAGAAGCGAAAGUUGCACGUAGAGACGCAAAGGCUAGAAGCCUAUAUGACCAAGAAGAAACAGGGGUGAGAAGGGUAUACUAUAGCACUAA